AUGGCGGCGUGCUUGAGAUUUACGCGGAGGCUGCAGAUUCAUAGGGCGGUGCCUGGUGAAGUCGAGGUGUCGUUGAAAGUUGAGCAGUACAAUCUGCACGGCGGGCUGGUGCUGUCACUCACCGACACGCUUGGCUCGCUGGCUGUCGCGAGUAAGGGGCACUAUAUGACGGGCGUCUCGACGGACAUUGGCACGUCCUUCGUGCGGCCCGCCGGGAGAGUCGGGGAUGUGCUGCAUGCUAAAGCGGUGUUGACUGGUAUCGGCAAGCAGCUUGCGUAUACGCGCGUGGACUUUACGAAUCCUGCGGGCGAGCUGGUGGCUUAUGGGUACCAUACGAAAUACGUUGGCAAAUCGUCUUCGCAUGAAGCGAACGUCAAGUUCAGCGAAGACGGGGAGAGCGUGAUUGAAGGCGUAGACAAGGAGUAG